AUGCUUCGUAGUGCGACGCUAAAUGCCCGAUUAAAGGUCAUAUAUCUUUCCUCGGUGCCCCCAUCCUCCUCGCCCUCCCAACGCCCGCCCUCGCCCAUCUCCUGGGCCCAGCCGUCACAGCCACCGCCCGGAUUAUCACCUGAGGUGGCUACGGCCCCAUCAGGUGAGACACACCCGAUCCUGGCGCCAGAAUUGUCCUCGGUGAUCCCCUUGUCCCUGCCGUGGUCUGUGCCAGGUCCCGCCACGCUGCAGCUCCCAGCCGUGUUCUUGUCGGACUCCCGGGGGCCGCCUCGGCCGCUGUCGCCGCCGCCGCCGCCGCUUCCGCCGAGCGCGUCUCCUCCGCCGUCGCCACACGUGCUUCAUCACCACGUCUCCCUGGCAUCUAGCGCGGUGACACUUUCUUCCUCUGUCUCUGGCAGUAUCUCCGUCACCCCCCCAUUGUCCACCGCCACCACCUCCAGCACUGUCACCAGGCUUUGUCCCGCUCCAACGCUCGGGGCGGCAGCGAGCCUCGGCGGGCCAACCUUCACCGCCCGUGCCAGCGCCGCCAGAAUGGGCACCGGCAGGUCAGGUAAGAUUCCUAACAUGAGUCCUGCACCUCCACUCCAACACUGGUCUCGUCAGUACCUGUCUCUGGAGAUGAUGUUUGGUGGCCGCCAUUAUAAUCAGAACAUCUCCAGCACACCUGGUGACAGACUCCUGGACAUCCCCUGCAAGGUGUGUGGCGACAGAUCCUCAGGGAAACAUUACGGCAUAUAUUCCUGUGAUGGCUGCUCCGGGUUCUUCAAGAGAAUCCACCGCAACCGAGUCUACACGUGUAAGGCGACUGGUGACAUGAAGGGUAAGUGUCCCAUUGACAAGACUCAUAGGAACCAAUGUCGCGCCUGCCGCCUCAACAAGUGCUUCGACGCCGCCAUGAAUAAGGAUGCAGUGCAACACGAGCGCGGACCACGGAAGAGCAAGAAUAAGGACGGCUCGUUGGCGGGGCUGGGCAUGAUCCACGGCGACCACUUCCCAUCACAGGACGUCUCCAAGGUGCCCCCGCUGCUCUUCCCUCCGCCGCCUAUGCCCUCCCUCAAGCACCACUCUCCCCAUAUGUUCCCCGAGGGUAUCCUGGCGCCCACGCCCAUCUUCAUGCCCCACGUGCCCACCUCCCAGCCCCACGGUCUACUUCAUAUGCUCUCCUCCGCUGAGAAAUUGCAUGCGCCUACCUUCUUCUACCCACAGAACGGGAAGCUGCCCAUCACCAGUGGGUCAGGGGGGGUGUCGGAGGUGGCGGUGUCCCUGCCCCAGGCGCCCUCCCUUCUGCCCUUCGCCCCAUCCUGGGAGAUCUUCCAGUGUGUAUUGGUGGAGGAGUCGUGGAAGGAGCUGUUCUUGGUACACCUGGCCCAGUGGUACUUGCCCUUAGACCUGAGCGCCCUCCUUCAGAGCCCCGCCGCCCACUCCAGGCUGGGCAGCGACGAGAGGACGGCACUGGAGUUGGCUACCAUACAGGACGUGUUGCGACGCUUCCGACACCUGUCACCUGAUAACACCGAGUGUGGUUGUCUCAAGGCUGUCGUUCUCUUCAAGCCUGACGCGAGCGGGCUAGUGGACGUUCACCCGGUGGAGAUGUUACAGGACCAAGCGCAGUGUAUUCUCAGCGACUACAUCAGGACCCGCCUUCCUCGUCAGCCCACACGAUUCGGCCGCCUCCUGCUUCUGCUGCCGGGGCUGAAGACGGUGCGAGCGAGCACGGUGGAGGGUCUCUUCUUCAAGGACACCGUCGGGGACACGCCCAUACACAGGCUCGUCCUCGAUAUGUACACCAUGGACAAGAACGACCAGGGCAACAUGUGAGAGGACUCGGUCAAGGCUUGGUUUGAGCGUCUGAGCUUCAAGGCCUGAGAGCCGCAACAUCUGAACAAGCAUCAAGCUUUAACGUUGAAGCGUGUAUGAUGCAUCGUCUGAGCUUCAGCUUUUAAGCGUUUAAGCUUCAACGAUUAAACUUCAGCGUCUGAACUUCAGCGUAUGAACCUUAUCAUCUAGGUUACCGAAAAUGAGCUUCAGCGUUUGAGCGAACGCUUUGAAGACGCUGGUCGGUG